AUGGUGCCUGGAGGCGGUUUCGACGAUGCAGAAGAGGCCAAACUGAUUUCGGAGGAGCUCCAACUGGAAUCUGACAUUCGAUCUUUAGAGAUGGAGAUCAGCAUCAUGGACAUGAAGCGCCAGAUUGAGGUCCAGGCAGAACAUCUGCAAAAUUGGCAGCAGAUGCUGGCCAAGAGCAAGGCGGGACGCCUCGAAUGUGAGAAGCUGCAAGGGGCUCAAGAAGAGCUUGCCCAACUACGGGCCAAGUGCGCUGCCAUCGAAGCGAAGCGCCCUCCACGAAUGCCCAGCCCUACAAGAGCCGUCCCUGCAGAGGAGCGGUUUCUCGACGAGGAUGCACGUAAAGAAGCUGAGGUACCAGAGACUGCUGGUAAGGAGGCAAAGGUUCCUCCACGCGCCAGUACAAAGGAGGCACCCGCUGCAUUGAAGCGAAGAGGGUCCGAGCGUAGCUCCAGAGGAAGUUCCAGAGCCGCCGCCGCUGCAGCCGCUGCAGUUGUUGCCCGAGGUCAAAGCUCUGGCAAUCGUGGCGGCUAUGCUGCACGGUCUAUGUCGCACAAGUAA